AUGAAGUCAUUAAUAAAGAACCAACCUGACCUUAACGAUAUAUUGAUUGCUUUAAACCAACUCCAAUUAGACAACCAAACACUCUACCAGGAAAAUGCAGACUUAAAGAAUACUCUCAACCAACUUCGUGCUCUUGGAGAGACAGACGGCCAAUAUAGAGAACCCAAAAACUUGAGGCAACAUUUGGUAAUGCCGAUAAGGCCAGAACAGCUGCCAAUAAGAUACGAAAACUCGUUCAGGGAUCAAGACUGGCCUCAAGUUAUGCUUCAGAAUUUAGGCAAAUUUCUGGUGGUACGUUGUGAUAACCAACUGUUUGAACAUAGACAGGAACGUCCUAGAGACCCGAGUUCUGGAAGAUAUUUUAAUCAAGUCCCCAAUAGCUCAUCUAUCCCUACCACAGAACCCAUGCAAAUAGAUACCAUAAAAUAUAGGCCAUUGUCUGCCAAAGAGAAAGAACAGUGUCAUGCAAAUAACCUUUGCUUAUACUGUGAAGAACCAGGCCAUAUGGCUAGGAAUUGCUUCAACAAAAGCAACACUUAG